AUGAGUAAGAAGAAUAUUCAAGAACCUCCAAUUAAGAAAAAUGCAUUUGUUCAUAAAUUAUAUUCCAUGUUGAAUGAUCCCAAAUUAUCUCAUCUAAUAUGGUGGACUAGAAAUGAAGAAUCAAAUACUUUUGCUUUAUAUCCAGGUAAAGAGUUUGCUAAUGCAUUAACUGGCUACUUUAAGCAUGGUAACGUUGCUAGUUUUGUUCGUCAAUUACAUAUGUAUGGAUUCCAUAAGGUUUCGGAUCCUCAAUCAAAUGAUAAUUUAUCAAAUAUUAAUAAGGAUACUCCUCCAAUUUGGGAAUUUAAACAUUCUUCUGGGAAAUUUAAGAAAAAUGAUGAAUCUUCCUUAAUUUACAUUAAAAGGAGAUCUUCUUCAAAUAGUUCUAGAAAUAAUAGUGCAACUUUUAGUGAAAACGAUUCAUCAAUUCUUAUUCCAACUUCGUCCCCUUCGCCCAAUUCUUUUGAUCAUUUGCCGCAUCAUACUUUCCAUUUUAACCAACCACCUCCUCCUCCUCCUGCUGCUCCUCCUUCUCAACAAAAUCCUUAUGUAUAUUAUCCCCAACCAAAUCCUUAUAUUCAGUAUCCAAUUAACUAUCUACCCAUGGACUACCAAAUACCGCAUCCUCAACAUCCUCAACAACACCCUCAACAACACCCUCAACAACAACAUCCUCAACAUCCUCAACAGCAUCCUCAGCAACAUCCUCAACAACAACAUCCUCAACAUCCUCAACAUCCUCAACAGCAUCAACAACAUCAACAACACCCACCCCCACACCAAUCACCUCUCAAACAAUCAAACUCGUACACAUCUUUACCCGAUCACGAAAACCAUAAAAUUAACGUUCUUAGACACAACUCGGAUCCACAACAACAAAAACAACAAGCAAAAAGUUUCCCCCAACAUUAUACUCCAAAUUUACAAUUUAGAAAAAUUUGGGAACCUUCUUCCAAUAUAUCUCGACCAAGAAAUAGCUCAUUGUUAUUUGACCCAUUAGCACCAGCACCAACCCAACCAACCCAACCAACACAAUCACCAAAACUUACUCGGUCAAUUACACCACCACCACAAUCAACACCAUCCAUCCCCCCACCUCCUCCAAACCAAUUAGGAAACCACAUAUUAUCUAGAAAUGAUUCAACCACAUCAUCAUUUCAUCGAGAUUCCAUUGAAAGUAGUAGUAUAAGUACGAGACUGUCGAUCAAAUUACCACCCCCAUCAUCAAUUCAUCGUGCAUCCUCAAAUUUAUCCACUGAUGAAUUAAAAUUUCAUAAAAAUAGCUUAUUAAGUGAAAGUUAUUCGAUACCAAAUUCACCAUCUUCAUCCUUUAGUAAAAAACCAUCAUCAAUUCCCAUAAGUAAUUCAAUUCAUGAAAGAUUAAGACCUUCAUUGAUUGAAUUACAUUUUGGAGGAGCUAAUAAUCAAACCCCGACAACAAAUUCAUUACCAACAUCAAUAUCUUCAAUUAAAAAUAGUUUAAGUGGAGUUAUGAAAUUACAUUCUGAUUCAAUUGGAUCCCAUUCAUCACAAAAUAAUUCAAUUUUUUCAAAUAAAUCAUCAAUAUCAAGUUUAUCUUCAAGUACUCAAAGAACAUCAUCAUUUGGAUCAUUAUCAUUAGGAAAUUCAUUUGAUAUUCAUAAACAUUCAAUUUCAAUCGGACCACAUGACCCAGUACCAUUGCCAAAUACAAUUAAUGAAGAAGAACAAAAAUUAAAAGAAGAAGAAGGUGAAGAAAAAAAGGAAGAAGAAUUCGUAAGACCAAGAUCACCGUCAUCGUUAUCAUCGGUACCAGUUGGACCAAGACCAAAAUUUUUCAGAAGUUUAACUCCACCAAACUUACAUUCAAAAUAUAAUCAAAAUUCUAAAAUUCAUUCACCAAUUCCAAGGUCUUCAACUUCAUUUGGUCAACAUCAUUCUCAUCUUCAUCAUUCAAAUCCACAUUAUCAUCAUUUACAUUCUAAUUUAAGAAGUCCUACAAAUUCGCCAUUAUCAAGAUCAAUAUUAAACGAUACUGAUCUGGAAUCAAGCGAAGAAAAACCAAAUGAUUUAAAUUUGGUGAAAAAUAAAGUAUCGGUAAAUUCUUUAUUGGAUACUUCUAAUCCUUCUACAAAAUUAUCGAAUAUUAAUUCAAUUAUCAAUGAAAGUGAACAUGAAACUGAAUCGGAAGAUGAUAAAAAUGAUCAUUCAAAAAUUUCUAAUGAUAAUGAUGAUUUAGAUGAAAAUAAAUCUCCAAAAUCUACAAAUAAAGAAAUUAAACGUCAACGAAUAGAAUAG